AUGAGUGACUACUGGAGCGAAGACGGACAACAGAAGCUCGCACUCGAGCUUGCUUCAUGGGACCACAUCUCUCUUUUGCAAACCCCCGAUUUUUCCGAUCAGCUCUCUGCACCCGCUGAACUCAACUAUGCUGUUGACCCGAUAACUGGGAUGCGUCGUUCUCCGCGCAAGCAUCGAGAUCAGCACCAACACUCACAAAACUAUACCCUCCCACCAAUUUCAUCCCUACUCACCACCAGCACACCGGGUGGCUAUCUCGAAGAUCUUUAUGCAAAUUUUUCUCCGAGUCCUAUUCACGCCAGUGCCGUCUCUGGAGACACCACACCACUACCAUCGAACAGUCCCGCAACAACAUUACCCACAGGUCCAAGUCCAACGGAGGCUAUCGUGUCUAGCGUUGAGAAGCCUCCAUCGAAAGCUCCCCGCCGGGCACAGGCCAAAAAGCCCAAGUCGGACACCAACAAAAAGAAAACACGCACCAAGGGUGCAGGUAGCAAGUCUGGGCCUGCAGGUCGUCGAGACCAUGGUGGUUCGGACAGCGAAAUCGCAAAAUUGAGUCCCGAGGCAAUCAAAGACUCAAAAAUCAAAACUCCUGUGAAGUCAGAGAGCAUACGAGGACUCACUGACGACAACAAAGUUAAAGUUGUCGAGUAUGUGACGUCGCCAGAGCGCUGGCCUAGUUUUAAAGUUAACCAAGCGCACUACUGGAAUAAUAUCUCUGGGAAUUUGUUGAAGGGUCGGGUGACAUCUGAACAGGUUCGUAAUUUCUGGCAUGGUCAGGCCUGGGAGAAGUACAAAGCAGUCCGUGAAAGGGAGGAACAUACUGGUGGAGGAGAUGGAGACGAAGAUGGGUCAGAUGCCGAGUGUAAGCCAUUGAGUGCUAAAAAACGGAAGAGAGGUUCUGGUGAAUUCUCCGCUAAGGUGUUGGACGAGUUUGCAAAGUCCAAAAUUUACCAGUUAAUUGAUGCAGUUGCUCGCAAUGAUGAGAGCGUCAUCCGUCAUCGUGAAUAUCAUUCAGCUACCCCUCUAUCUGAUGAAGAUGCCUCACCCAUGAAAAAACGGAUCAAACGCUCGGAAUCCUAUGAUGGUGACACCUCACAACUGCUUCAGCAAGUCAUUGGACGAAUUGAGGAGCGAGACAAAAGGCAAGCACAGCUUGAUGCCAACAAUAUAGAGCUUGCUCAAAAGAAGGACAAAAGGGAUGAGGAGGAACGUGCUGAACAUUGUGAGGCUGCAGCAAGGCAAGCAGAAUGUGAACGACAGGAUGCAUUCGACAAACAGUGGGAUCGCUGCAUGCUGAUGGUUGGUAAUACAAAUCCACGUGUUCAUGCAUAUGGAGAGAAGCUUCUUGACGAGCUGAUGGGAGAAAGAAGCAACAUGAUGUAA